GGAUGUGAGCUGCGCGUAUUGGGAGUCGGAUGGCAAAGUGUUACAGGGGGCUUGGAGGGGACCGAGGAGACCUGCAAAAGCAUGCAAGGGACAUCGAACCUCGUAUUUCAAACGAUUUCAGAUGGAUCUGGUCAUUUGCCUAACUCAUAUGCGCAAUAAUAUUACUGGAAGUCUAUAUAGCAAAAUAAGCAGGAGGUGAGGGAUUGAAUAGCCGGAGGGAUGGCUGAAUAGCGGCGGAAGAAACACCCACAUUCGGCUCCAGUGUCGCCGAGCGGUGCAGGAGCGGCGGAGAGAAGCGGCAGGACGCGGUCACUCUCUUGGACCUUGGGAGAGGAGACAUAACUUCGCAAAUACAUGACCUGACAGGCUCGCUCAGGACAGCCAUAAUGAUGCACGUUCUGGGACUCAGGAUUAGCGCGUGGGGUCCACUCAUCUUUCUCGGUCUCACUGUGUAUUUUGCCCCAGUUCAGGGUCAAGUUUCUACUCCAAGAAGACUCCGUUUUAAAACGCUGGGAUCAGGGAAAUUAGCUGUGAUGUGGAAAGAGCCACGGGGAGAUUUCGAAAGUUACAAAAUUGUUUAUAACACAAGGCCAGGAGGACAGCAACAGGUGUUGCGCAUACAGAAGGGCGAGAGUCGAGCAAUAAUACACAAUUUUGACCCUUCUAAGGAGUAUAUAGUGAGAGUUAUUUCUUUGAAAGGAAACCAAGAGAGCAAACCGCUAAUUGGGAAAUUCUCAGCCCGAGCGCCUGAGCUUGCGGAGGUUGUGCAGCCAAAUAAGCUGACAGACAGCAGCAUCAUUGAGGACGUCAAUGAGAUCUCAGGAGAUCGCUUUGUCUGCACGACCCCAGCGAUAGCUGACAUCGUGAUCCUGGUGGACGGCUCAUGGAGCAUCGGGAGGGUCAACUUCCGGCUGGUCCGCACGUUCCUGGAGAACCUGGUCAAGGCCUUCACCGUGGGAGCUGACCAGACUCGCGUCGGACUGGCCCAGUAUAGCGGGGAUCCCAGGAUCGAAUGGAACCUGAAAACCUUCAGCACCAAGGACGCUGUGAUUGAGGCGGUGAAUAACUUGCCCUACAAGGGAGGGAACACGCUCACAGGCCUGGCGCUGACCUACAUCCUGGAGAACAGCUUCAAGCCCGAGUCUGGGGCCAGGGAUGGCGUCCCCAAAAUCGGGAUCCUGAUCACGGAUGGCAAAUCACAGGAUGACGUGCUCCUUCCGGCCCGAAGCCUGCGGGACAGCGGCGUCGAGCUCUUCGCUGUCGGUGUGAAGAACGCCGACGAGAAUGAGCUGAGGAUCAUCGCGUCAGAGCCGCACGACACCCACGUCUACAACGUGGCCGACUUCAGCAUCAUGAGCAGCAUCGUUGAGGGCCUCACCCGGACCGUGUGCGAGGGCGUCGAGCAGCAGGACAGGGAUAUCAGACAAUCCGGGAAACCAACCGCGGGGCCUCCCCAGGACCUGAUCACGUCUGAGGUCACCUCACAUAGUUUUCGUGUGAGCUGGACUCACGCCCCCGGGGCAGUAUCGAAAUACCGCGUGGUGUACUACUCUAACGACGGAGGAGCCCCCCAGGAGGUGCUGGUGAGCGGCAGUGAGGACACCGUGCGGCUGGAGAACCUGAAUGCCCACACGGAGUACCAGCUCGCCGUCUUCGCCGUCUACCCCACCACGUUCAGCGACGCCCUGCGGGGCAGCGAGACCACAUUGGCCCUGUCAGUGGCGAGCGACCUUGAGUUGUAUGACGUGACGCACAACAGCAUGCGGGCCCGCUGGGCUGAGGCUCCCGGGGCUUCUGGGUACGUGGUGGUCUACGCCCCCCUGGACAGGCCCGGCUCCCAGCACGAAAGGGAGAUCCGAGUAGUGGAAUCUGUGACAGACAUCCCACUGGAAGACCUUACCCCUGACACGGAGUACAUUGUGACCGUGUACACCAUGCAUGGGGAAGAGACCAGCGACCCCGUGACAAACCAGGAGACUACCUUGCCUCUGAGCCCUCCUCGCAAUCUGCGGUUCCGGGACAUCGACCACAGCUCUGCCGUGCUGUUCUGGGAGCCGCCGACCGACAAGGUCACGGGUUACGUCAUCACGCAUGUCACGUCCACCGGAGCCCGGAUCAACAUGACGAAGGUGGGGAAGGUUGUCUCGGUGACGCUGAGGAACCUGACAUCCAGCACCGGCUACACAGUGGCCGUCACCGCUGUUUACGACGAAGACCAGUCUGAGCCCGUCACUGGCACCUUCACCACCAAGCCGGUUCCCGCGCCUCGCAGCAUCAGGACCAGUGAGGUGUCCAUGGAGGGUUUCCGGGUCAGCUGGCAGCGUGCAGCGGAUGAUGUCAUGUUCUACAAGCUGUCCUGGAGGCCCGCUGCCGGUGGGCAAAAGAAACAGACGUUGAUCUUGGGCGACUAUGACAGCACCCUGCUGGCGCACCUGGAGCCGGGCACGCGGUACGAGGUGGCGCUGUCUGCGGUCUACGCGGGCAAUGUGGAGAGCCGGGCUGUGACGGCGCUGGAGACCACACUGACAAGAGGCUCCACUGCCCCUUCACCUACCCCCUCAGUGCCGCGGGUCGGCGUGAGAAACCUGCGCAUGGACCGCGAGACCCCAGACAGCCUGAGGGCAUCCUGGGACCCUCACAUGCUCGGCGUCAGCCAGUUCCGGGUGUCGUACGGCCCCGUGAAGGGCGACUGGGAUGAGGAGGAGGUGUUUGUGUCCGGCCAAGAGAACAGCGUCAUCCUGGAACAGCUGGGGCCAGACACAGAGUACAAGGUGACAGUCACUCCCAUCUACGCUGCUGGAGAUGGGACCAGCGCGUCCUCUGUGGGCCACACGUUGCCCCUCGCUGCACCCACAAACCUGAGAGUGUCUGAGGAAUGGUUCAAUCGCUUCCGUGUCACUUGGCAUCCUCCCUCGAACCCCACCGCAGGCUACCGGGUCAUUUACCAGCCCAUCUCCGUCCCGGGACCAGCCCUGGAGACCUUCGUUGGGGACGACGUCAACACUCUCGUCAUCAUGAACCUGCAGAGUGACACCGAAUACAGUGUCAGUGUCGUCGCCACCUACAGGACAGGCGCCAGCAUGGCACUCACUGGCAAAGCCAAGACACUGUAUCUGGGAGUGGCAAACCUGAACACCUACCAAACACAGAGCACCAGCAUGUGUGCUCAGUGGCGCCCCCUCCAGCACGCCUCUCUCUACAGGGUGGUCAUCGAGUCCCUGCACAACGGACAGAAGCAGGAAGUGAGCCUAGGGGGAGGAGCUUCUGGACGCUGCUUCCAAGGUCUGUCUCCCAACACCCCAUACAAGAUCAGCGUCUAUGCCCAGUAUCAGGGCAUGGAGGGUCCUGCAGUGACCGCCAUGGACAAAACACGUCCUGCUCCUACCCCACCCCCCACUGAGCCCCCGACAACGCCCCCCAUCCCAACGAUCCCUCCCGCCAAAGAAGUGUGUAAAGGGGCAAAAGCAGACCUGGCUUUCCUGGUGGACGGCUCCUGGAGCAUCGGAGACGACAACUUCCAGAAAAUCAUCCGCUUCCUGUACAGCACCCUCGGUGCCCUUGACAAGAUCGGACCGGCCGGCACUCAGGUCGCCAUCGCACAGUUCAGCGACGACGCCAGGACCGAAUUCAAGCUCACCUCUUACGAGGACAAGGAAACCCUGCUGGACGCCAUUCAGCACAUCUCAUACAAGGGGGGGAACACCAAGACAGGAAAGGCUAUUAGGCACGUGAAGGAUGCCAUCUUCACGACAGAAGGCGGGGCUAGGAGGGGCAUCCCCAGAGUGCUGGUGGUGCUCACCGAUGGCCGCUCCCAGGAUGACGUCAACAAGGUGUCCAAGGAGAUGCAGAUGGACGGCUACAUCAUCUUUGCCAUCGGCUUUGCGGACGCCGACUAUGGGGAACUCGUGAAUAUCGCCAGCAAGCCCAGUGACAGGCACGUCUUCUUCGUGGACGACCUGGACGCCUUCCAGAAGAUCGAGGAGGACCUGAUAACGCUGGUCUGUGAGGCUGCUUCAGCCACCUGUCCAUCUGUCCUGAUGAGUGGUAACACUUUGGCGGGCUUCAGGAUGAUGGAGAUGUUUGGCCUGGUGGAGAAGCAGUACAGCAGUGUCAACGGCGUCUCGAUGGAACCAGGAACGUUUAACAGCUUUCCCUGCUAUAGGCUGCACAAAGACGCUCUGCUAUCCCAGCCCACAAAGUACCUGCAUCCCGAAGGCCUGCCCUCAGAUUACACCAUCACACUGUUGUUUCGCAUUCUGCCUGAAACCCCUCUGGAGCCCUUUGCAUUGUGGGAGAUCCUGAACCAAAAGAACGAACCCCUUGUGGGCGUCAUUCUCGACAACAGUGACAAGACCCUGACGUUUUUCUACCAUGAUCACCAAGGCGACUCCCAGACCGUGAUGUUCGAGGGCCCUGAAAUAAAAAAAGUCUUCCACGGAAGUUUCCACAAGCUGCACCUGGCUGUCAGUCAGACCAAUGUGAAGGUGGUCAUCGAUUGCAAGAUUGCUGCGGAGAAAGGCAUCGGUGCCGCGGGGAACAUCACCACGGACGGCGUGGAGGUGCUGGGCAGGACGGUUCGCUCCCGUGGGAAGCGGGACAGCUCCGCCCCGUUCCAGCUUCAGAUGUUCGACAUCGUCUGCAGCACCUCCUGGCCCAGCCGAGACAAGUGCUGCGAGUUGCCAGGCCUGAGGGUGGAGGCAGACUGCCCAGCCAUGCCUCACGCGUGUACCUGCUCCCAGGACAGCAAAGGUCCUCCUGGGCCCUCUGGACCUCCGGGUGGACCUGGACAGCGCGGCACGAAGGGAGAUCGAGGGGAACGGGGGCUUGUGGGGCCUCCGGGACCCUUAGGAGAGAUGGGGACCCCCGGCCCUCAGGGACCCCCUGGUCCCCAGGGGAUCAGCGGAAUGUCCAUCCAGGGGCCCCCGGGUGAUCCUGGGGCCAAAGGAGAAAAGGGAGAAGUGGGUCUGCAGGGGCCGCAGGGUGUCCCUGGACCUUCUGGGGUUUCGGGACGAGACGGCCCAAGCGGACAAAGGUUUGCGUGGGAUGCCAGACAGGGCCUGUCAGGGAAAGAUGGCCCUCCGGGACAACAGGGCCCCCCAGGUCUGAUGGGUUCCCCUGGAGCUCCUGGAUCACCUGGAUCACCUGGAUCCCCAGGAUCGCUGGGUGAUCAGGGACCACCGGGUCCUGCUGGCACUAAAGGUGAAAAGGGGGACCGGGGUGACAUGCAGUCUCAGGCUGUUGUUCGGUCAAUCGCACGGCAGGUCUGUGAGCAGCUGAUUCAGAGUCACAUGGCGCGCUACACCUCCGCUCUCAACCACAUUCCUAGCCAGGCCAUCUCGGUCCGGGCCAUUCCGGGACCCCCUGGUGAGCCAGGCCGGAGAGGCCCCCCAGGCCCCCAGGGUGAACAGGGGCCUUCUGGCAGAUCCGGGUUCCCUGGGAGCAACGGGCAAAAUGGUCAACCAGGAGACAGAGGUUUACCAGGGGAGAAGGGCAGUCCGGGAAUAGGCAGUCAAGGCCCCAGAGGGCCACAGGGCCCCCCAGGACCCCCAGGAGAAGGGAGACUGGGGAGCCAGGGCCCUGUUGGAAGACCUGGCAACCCGGGAACUCAGGGCCGGCCAGGCAUGCCGGGUCCUACUGGUCCUGCCGGUCCGCCUGGGUACUGCGACCAGAACUCGUGCCUGGGUUACAACAUCGGCGUACAAUUGGCAUCCAACUCCUACCAAACCUAUGAGCCCGAGGGCAAUUAUGACGAGGAAGAGGAAGAGGAUUACCAGGGCUACGGCGGCGAGCCGGCUCACUACUACCAGCCCGGAGGUGCCCCAGCCCACCCCGCGUCCAUCCCGUCCGAUGACACCGCCGUCGAGCUGCAAUCCCCCGGGAUACAACGUUUCUCCAGGAGCACGACCGGGAGGAAGACGGCCGCGAACCACAAGCAGCCACGGCCACCAGAGGGAGCCGCUCCGGAGUCAGAUACCCUCAGCUGAUGUGCUGGAAUCUGCCGAUGGCACCAGGACCACCACGCGAUUACGAAACCUCACUCUCCCCCACCCCCCUACCACCUUCUGAGGGGUCUUGGGCGCUGUUAUCAAGACCGAAUCCCAAAAGUGCCUGAUAUCUUUAUGUAUAUGCUUUUUCUUUCCUUGGGGGGCGGGGUGGGGGAGGGAAGAGUGGGUAAAUUGAUGGGGAGACGUCACAUUUUAAUAUAUCGGAGCGUGUUGCAUGUAACCUGAGAGUGAGCCGGAAGGUUUACCGCGAAGCAUAACCGGCUUGUGAUUGUUCAUGUGCAGCUCUCUCCUGAAUGACCAUCUUCAGCAUCAUUACGAGCAUUUGCACAGGCACGGUUUGCUAGUUUAUCCUUCACCUCUUUUCCUUCAUCCUGUCUUUCAGCGUUCGUUUUUUUUUCCCGUUCCACUCACCUUUCAGCAUUCUCUAACUGCUUAUUUAUUUGGAAAGCUUCACACAAAACCCCACUGUAAAUCAGUACUUUUUUUUUAAGGUGCCAAUAGAGUUUAAGUUAUUUGUGGUGCCACAUUUUAAAUGUACUUUAAAAUAUGGUAAAACUUUGGGAACCAAAUGUACUCAUUUCAUAAAAACAGCUAAAUACAAAAAAAAAAAAGACUGCCAGCCUAGUGUUUGUCCUCCACGCAUUUGAGAGAAAUGGCGUCCAAAUGUGACAUGUUGAGUCUUAAAAAGUCCUGAGAACAACAUGCACCAUCUGCGGUCGAGUGGAUGCAGGCAAGGUGCCAGGCCGAGCGACACAGGACCCCGAAGAACUGCUUUCCUACCUUCUUGUGGGAGCUUUUCACUGUGGAACGGUUGGUUUUCCCAACGUGUGAAAGGGAUGCCGGAGUUUCUCCACCUUCGGACCGAGGAAGUAAUUUAUUUUUACUUUAUCAUAUGUUUUGUAACCAAUAAAACUAAGGUAUGACCACAA